AUGUCUUCCGAAUCAUCCAGCCGAGCCACAUCCAUCACCGAGAAAGACCACCUUCCACCCACCAGCCAUGACCUCCAACCAGAAGACCUGCUCAACCUCCCCUACCGAACCCUCACCUCCGAAGCCCGCAUGACAGAAUACACCCAAGAAACACCUACAGGUCUCCAAUCCAUCCACUCCAACAGACCCAACAAACACUACGAACUCGUGACAUUCAAGCCCAACGACCCCGACAACCCCAAAAACUGGUCCAAGGCGUUCAAAUGGUGGUGCACAAUGGUCGUAGCCAUAACCUGCUUCGCCGUCGCCUUCGACAGUUCUGUCAUCACAGCCGGAAUCGCAGGUCCCAGAUCCCCCAUGGAGACCUUCCAAAUCAGCGAAACGGUCUCUCUCCUCGCGAUAACAUUCUUCGUCGUGGGAUUUGGAAUCGGACCGAUGGCUUUUGCUCCGCUGAGUGAGAUUUUGGGAAGGCAGAAGAUUUAUAUCAGUACGCUUCUUGUUGCUGUCGUUUUCGUCAUUCCUUGUGCGGUUUCGGAGAAUGUGGCGACGUUGUUGGUCUGUCGAGCUAUCGAUGGCAUUGCGUUUUCGGCACCCAUGACGCUUGUAGGGGGGACUCUGGCGGAUUUGUGGAAGAAUGAUGAGAGGGGUGUUCCGAUGGCUGUCUUUUCUGCUGCGCCGUUUAUUGGGCCUGCUAUUGGACCGCUUGUUGGGGGGUUUGUCUUUGAUUCUCUGGGUUGGAGGUGGUUGUAUUGGAUUCAAUUGAUUUUGUCAGGGUUCUGUUACUGUUUGAUGGCCUUUACGGUUCCGGAGACUUAUGCGCCAGAGAUCUUGGCGAGGAGGRCGAGAAAGAUGAGGAAGGAAACCGGAGACGACAAGUUCGUUACUGAGCAGGRUUUGGACUUGAGACCUUUUGGUGAGCGGUUGGUGGUGUUCCUUCUCAGGCCAUUCCAGCUUUUAUUCAGAGAGCCGAUUGUCUUCUUUUUGACGCUCUACAUGACUGUACUCUACGGUCUACUUUACAUGUUCUUCGUCGCAUUCCCCAUCGUCUACCAAAACGGUAAAGGCUACUCCGCCUCCACCACAGGUCUGAUGUUCAUCCCCAUGGCGAUCGGGGUGCUUCUCUCCGCAGCUUGUGCCCCUUUAGUCAACAAGCAUUACAUGAACCUCGUGCGCAAACACAAUGGGAAACCACCGGCCGAAGCACGUCUGAUACCUAUGAUGUUCGCUUGUUGGUUUAUCCCUGUCGGCCUCUUCAUCUUCGCCUGGACGUCCUACCCGCACCUCUCCUGGGCCGGCCCAGCAAUUGGCGGUCUCCCAGUGGGCUUCGGUUUUAUUUUCCUUUACAAUAGCGCUAACAACUACCUCGUCGACUCCUACCAACAUCAAGCCGCUAGCGCUCUGGCUGCCAAAACCUUUUUGAGAAGUCUCUGGGGUGCGGCGGUGGUGUUGUUCACGGGAAGAAUGUAUGAGAGGUUGGGCGAUCAAUGGGCCAGCACGCUGUUGGCGUUUUUGGCCUUGGCGUGCUGUGCGAUCCCAUUUGUGUUUUAUUACAAGGGAGCGGCGAUUAGGAGGCAUAGUAAGUAUGCUUUUAGUGGAGAUGAGGAGAAUAUGACAGAGGGAGCGCAGUGA